CACGCUACUCGUCCUCGUUAAUCGUUCCAUUUCUUCUUCAACACACUCCUCUCUCUCUCUCUCUCUCUCUCUCUCUCUCUCUCUCUCUCUCUAGGGUUUGCAUCUUCUAGGCAAAAUGAUCAACUACAGAGAUAAACUCGAACGCAGUGUGUCUCUCAUUCCGGCAGCCGCUGCUCUCAGUGCGGAGGAUCGUGCUGCUCUUGUUAAAGCUCUGGAGACCUUGGUUGGGCAGCAUUCUAACAAAUUGGAAUCACCUGAGCUGAAGAAGCGCAUUGAGGCUUUGACAGAAAUACAGCGCCAACUCAAGGACCUGGAAACAAAAUUUUUUGAGGAGAGGGCUGCACUGAAAGCUAAACAGAAGCGUUUCCAAGAAGAGGGGCAUGACUUUAGGCUUUAUACACUGAAAAAUAAUGAAGUGCUUGCUAAGGAGAUCACAGAGCAUGAUGAAGAGGCUUUCAAGUAUCUCAGUGAUAUCAACUGCUGUAGGAUAGGCAGUUCUAAUGGAUUUAAGAUGGAGUUUAUCUUUAAUCCUAACCCCUACUUUGAAAAUUCUGUAUUGAAAAAGACAUACCACAUGACUAAUGACAAUAAGCCUAUAUUGGAGAAGGCGAUUGGGACGGAGAUCAAGUGGUAUCCAGGGAAAAUCUUUGCUGAGAACUGUCGGAGCUUCUUCAACUUCUUUCAACCUCUCCAGGCGGCAGACGUCCAAAGUCAGAUGCACCGGAGUUAUGGCAUUUUUUCAACAAUUCGAGAUAAGAUCAUCCCGCAGUGGCACCAAGUGAAUGGGAAAAAGAAUUCUCAUAAUUCAUACAACUACGGAGGGCAUCAGGAGCCACUGGAAAUAAUAUUUUUAGGAGAGAGAGCUGUGUUGGAAGGAAAAUAUCAGAAACUUUACGAACCUCUCUACGAAAAGAGAUAUGAGAUUGUUAAUGGUAUAACUGAAGUUCAAGAAACGAAAAGUGAAACUGCAGUAGACCAAGAAGGAGGUAAAGCCACAGAAGAGAAAGGAGUGCCUUACUUUUGGGUUACUGCAAUGAAGAAUGAUGAAGUACUUGGUCAGAAGGUCACAAAGUCUGAUGACGGAGCUCUCAAAUAUCUCAAAGAGAUCAAGUGGUGUAGGAUAGACAAUUCGAAGGGGUUCAAGCUGGAGUUCUUCUUUGAUCCAAAUCCAUAUUUUAAAAACACUGUCCUGACAAAAGCAUAUCAUAUGAGUAGUGACAGUCAAAUGUUAGAGAAGACAACUGGGACAAACAUCAACUGGCAUCCUGGCAAAAGCUUGACACCUAGUCUUCUGAAGAAGCCAAGAAAGCGAUCAAAGAAUGCUGAAUUCCUGACCAAACAGCAAAGCUUUUUCAACUUUUUUCACACUCCCGAGUAUCCUGGGUUUCCUUGGGAUUCAUCAACUUAUACACAUCAUGAUAAUUUCCAAAAAAUUGAAGAUCAAUUCGAAGUUCAGAGGGAUCUGGAUUAUGAAGUUGGUAAAACUAUUCGAGACAGGGUCAUUCCUCAUGCAGUAUCACUUUUCACUGGGGAAGCUGUUGAGCGGGGCACUUAUUUUGAAGAUUUAGAUGAUGAUGAUGAUUUAAAUGAUGAUGAUUAUUAUUCUGAUGAUGAUGAUGAGGAGGGGGAGGCUGUUGAGCAGGACACUAAGUUUAGACUGUUCGAUAAUGAUUAUGAUGCGGAGGAGGAGGAUGAAUUUGAGGAAGAUCCUUGAGUAUUAACUUGUGUCGAGUCCCAACAGUUCCCAGAAAGGGUUGCUCAUUCAACUUGGGUAUUAUAACCUACAAAGCUAGGGCCAGCUUUUUCUGUUUGCUAGGGCCAGCUUAGAUGAAUCUACAAAGCUAGCUAGCUAGCGAGCAUCUUUUUUUUUUUUUGUUCUUGCCUUGGGCAAGUGUGGGGAUUUGCUUCUUUUAUGGAACUAUAUUAACUUUAACCUCCAGGUUAUUUUCUC